GGCUGCAUCAGCGCAUGGUUGCAACGCGACAGCUUCGCAGUUCCUCCCCUCCCCGCUGCUGUUGUUAUCACAGCGAGUCCCAACACCGCACGGUCCAGAAUGGAGACCAAACCGGUCAUCACCUGCCUUAAAACCCUCCUCAUCGUAUACUCCUUCGUGUUUUGGAUAACAGGAGCCAUCCUGCUGGCAGUGGGGGUAUGGGGGAAGUUGAUGCUGGGCCCGUACAUCUCUCUGAUAGCCGACAACUCCACCAAUGCCCCGUACGUCCUCAUUGGCACUGGGACCGUCAUCAUUGUUUUUGGCCUGUUUGGAUGCUUCGCCACCUGCAGAGGAAGCCCAUGGAUGCUGAAGCUGUAUGCCAUGUUUCUGUCACUCGUCUUCCUCGCUGAGCUAGUGGCCGGGAUCUCUGGAUUUGUGUUUCGCCACGAGAUAAAGGGAACCUUUCGCAGGACGUACACCGACGCAGUCUUGAACUACAACGCUGAGGAUGAGGCGAGCCGCGCUGUCGAUAAUUUGCAGCACAAGCUGCGUUGCUGUGGAGUGUAUAACUACACUAGCUGGUUUGCCAGUGUGUAUUACCCAUCCAAUGGCAUUCCUGCCAGCUGCUGCUUUAACUCCUCUGACUGCAACCCAGAAGACCUCCGCAAUGCAACUAUAGCCCCGAACAAGGUCUACCACCAGGGCUGCUACGAGCUGGUCACUUCAUUCAUGGAAACCAACAUGGCCAUAAUUGCAGGAGUGACGUUUGGGAUUGCCUUCUCACAGCUGAUUGGCAUGUUGCUGGCCUGCUGUCUGUCCAGGAUCAUCACAGCCAAUCAGUAUGAGAUGGUCUAGCUGACGUGACGUGGCAGGGAGAUGAAGAGAAGAAGCAACAAAGAGCCUUGACACAUGACAAGAGUAAAUUCCCGAAACACUAUCACACGCCUGAAUUGGAAUUUACCUCCCUCCGUCUCUCUGCCUGUGAUUUUAAUGUAAUAUCUUAAUGUAUCUUAUUGUAAAGCACCAUUCCUCGACUCACUGCUGUUGCAUCAAAGCUUUCUAUACCACUCAUCACACUGCCGCUUGAUGUGGAAGUUGCUCAUUGGCACAUAUCUCGGAUCAGUACAGCUUACAACAAACAGGUUAGACCAGAGCUGUCUGAGUUGACAGCGGUGUUGGUCUCAGAUAGGUGAUUGGGUGCAACUUGGUUUCUUAGCUGGAUGCAGCAUGCUCCAUCGAUAGUUAUCAGAAGACCACUGCACAUCUUUGUACAGAAUGACAUUACUAAAGCUUGAAAGUAACACUUUAAUAGAUAGGUUUAGUUUUGCAUUUGACUUUGCUAUUGCUCACCAUUGUAUAUUCCUAUGGUUGUGACAUUAUGUGUACUGAGGAUGAUGUUUUAAGUUUAUAAGAAAAAUAAGGAAACUGGUGAAGGAAAGAAUAGGGAGAGGUGUUUGAGAGUAUUUUUUAUCUGUAGACGAUUAUGUUAUUUUUUUAUCUUUAAUUUAAUUUAAAAGCAAAUUAUGAAGUUAGUUAAGUGUUAAAACUGUAAUUUAGCAUCACUUACAGCUUUAGUCUGGAAUAAAAACAUAAGACCACAGAUAACAAAUGUGAAUCACUCCGACUUAAAAUAACUUUACCUGAAUUUACAACUUCUUAAUAACCCUUAUGUCAGUUCAGUAGUUUUACUGUAGAAGAGAAAUAUAUUCAUCCAGCAAACAAACAAAUGAGAUCAUUUGAAGAACAAAUCUGGUAUGCCAUAGACUAAAGGCCCCGUCACACCAGAAAGUGACAAGCUCUCAGUUCACAAUUAUGUUAGCUAGUUCACUAGCACAACUUCACAGUAACAGUUUAUGCCAAAGAUGGAUUUGUACCAUCUACUCCUGUCUCGUCAUUUAUACUGAGACAGAGGACAGUGGAUGCCACAGUAGACCCUUUGCAUUGCAGACAUUUUUGACUUGUCAACAUAAGAAAGGCACAGGCGUAAAUAACAACAUUAACCAUGGCCUCAUUCCUUUAAGUGUCCCAGUAAGCCAUCUCAGUGAGUGAGCAUGUAGAAUACCAGGACCCUGAAACUGCCUUACCUAAAUGCAAUGCAGCCAUUGUUGAUGUUUUUGAUUCCACCUGUCCUUUUCCUGUUUUGAUAAGUGGAAAUAUGGCUCUCCACCCCCUAAAAGAGCAGUUCUCAGCUGUUAGGACAGCUAGCUGUCGAUCAAUAAUGCAAGUUUGUGCGUCAAAGCUCAACAAAACUGAACUUGAUGCAAAGUUUUUGUAAUUAUUUUGCAUUUAGCAGUUUGAAUGCUGGUGUGGCUGGGCCUUUUCAGGCUCUGAAUCAUGCCCUCUAACACCCAAUUACCUUUAAUGUGUCAGUGUGUUUCAAACGGCGCAGCUCAUAUGAGUUGUCGUCUGAACACGUCCAGAGCUUAAAUUGUCUCUGCCUGUUCCAAAUGGCCACACACAAAGAAUGGAUUGAAAAGGCAUUUAGGAUUUUGCAUGCAGUGGAAAGUUAGAAAAAUGAUCACACAGAGCUCCUUCCUGCCAACUUCUGACGUCGGAAAGAUGUGUACAAGGGGAAAAAGUUUGGAUGCUGCUUGAUGAUCCACCAAGCAUUUCAUCUGAAGCAUGCUGACAAUUUAGAUUUAGUCUUUCUGGUUUAUGUAAAAAUAACUGACACAAGUCACGAUUUAGCUUUAAAGAGCAACUUAACAACAGCUGAAAAACUUUUUUUUUUUUUUUUUUGGCUGACCCCUUGUAGUUGAAAUUGUCACCUUGCUGCAGUGAUGUAGAAGUGUACCUGACAGCACAGUUGGGUGUGGUUACAGGUGCUCCAAAACAAGAAUAGACUUGAAAUCUGCAACCAAAAGAGGUCAGCAAAGCCAUGCUUUUUUAGCCUGCGAGGGUCAUAUCAGAUCAUUAGGGUCAUGAAAUGUUUCUACCAAUGGAAAGAAAUGCCAGCUGUCUGCUACAAUGAGUGAAGUCGACAUUAGAGAUCCAACAGUGUUCAUCUAGUAUUUACAGUACUCUAUGUAGUGCAUCAACAUGCCUCCAUCAUCAUCAUCACCAUCUGUAGAUAUGUAUUGGAAAUGUAAUUUAUAUGAUGUAAUGUUUCUCAUUCUAAUAUGCUAAUAUAUAAAUGUUGUGUCAAGAGUUUUGAUUCCGCACUUUGUGCUGUUAAUCUGUAUUUGUUUGAUAGUUUAUAGGAAACUCGCACUGAAAAAAUAAUUGUGGCUGAUGUUUUGUUGAGAGUAACGUGCAACAUGUAGCUGUUUCAAUUUAGCUGUAUAUUUAUUAUGGUUUGAUUGGCAUUAAGUUUACAGUUUCACCAAGUGGUUUUUUUUCUAUCUCUUUCAGUAUGUGUGCGUGAGUAUGUGUGAUUUUGUGUCUUUAUUUGACUAUCCCCUUAACCUUGAGUGUGUAUUUUCCUUGUAUGACAAGGCUUGUACGUGUGAGAGAGAGUGUCUUCAUUUCGUGGAUCCUGUUGUGUUCAGUUUUGGUCAGUAUUUGGUUGUGGCUUUUAAAAACUUUACUGCUUUUAAAGCUGUAAAUUUAUUUAGUGAAUGUAUGUUUUUCAGCACUCUCAAACUUUUUUCCCUCCCCUAAGCUGAUAUUGUCCUGUAAAUACUAAAUUGUAAUACCAUCCAGCAUACACAUGGGGUCACCAGACACUCAAAAGAAUUGCACCAUGCUGUCUACUAUUGACUAAGUCACCAUCAGUGGUCUUAUUAUCAAUAAAUAUACAGAUAACA